ACUGUUAGUGCUUGUGGAUAAGUUAUGACGUCCUUUCAAGAAGUCACCUUGCCCAGUGCCCUGCAGACUUCCAACUUUGCACAUGUGAUCUUCCAAAAUGUGGCCAAGAGUUAUCUUCCUAAUACACACCUCGAAUGUCAUUACACUUUAACCCAGUAUAUCCACCCACAUCAAAAAGAUUGGGUUGGUAUAUUUAAGGUUGGUUGGAGUACUGCUCGUGAUUAUUAUACAUUUUUAUGGUCUCCCAUGCCAGAAAAUUACGUGGAAGGAUCAACAGUCAAUUGUCUACUAUCCUUUCAAGGAUAUUACCUCCCAAAUGACGAUGGGGAGUUUUAUCAGUUCUGUUACGUGACCCACAAGGGUGAGAUUCGUGGAGCAAGUACUCCUUUCCAGUUUCGAACUUCUUCUCCAGUUGAGGAGCUGCUCACUAUGGAAGAUGAAGGAAAUUCCGACAUGUUGGUGGUGACUACAAAAGCUGGCCUUCUUGAGUUCAAAAUUGAGAAAACAAUGAAAGAAAAAGAAGAGCUAUUAAAGAUAACAAGUGUUCUGGAAAAAGAAACCGUGCAACUCCGAGAACAAGUUGAAAGGCUGGAAAAAGAGCUUAACCAUGAAAAAGAGAGAUGUGACCAACUGCAAAUAGAGCAAAAGGACCUUAUUGAAGCAUCCCACAGCUUAAAAACAGAUAAUGAGGAGUUAAAGAAAAACUGUACUGAUGCAACUUCUAAAGUUCUUCAGCUGGAGGAAGAUAUCAUGACCGUGACACAGAAAGCAAUUGCAAAGGAAACAGAAUUAGAUUGCUUGAAAGACAAGCUCAAGAAAAUAGCAUCUGAGAGAGAGCAACUUGAAUGCCAGUUGAAGACAGAAAAGGAUGAGAAGGAACUUUAUAAGGUACAUUUGAAGAACACAGAAAUAGAAAACACCAAGCUGGUCACGGAGGUGCAGACCUUAAAGAAUUUGGAUGGGAAUAAAGAAAACAUAAUAGCCCAUUACAAAGAAGAAGUUGGCAAGCUGCAACAAUGCAUGGCAGAAAAAGAAAACCUGCAGAAGGCUUUCUUGCUGCUUACAGUUCCAAACAAGGAGGAUGAAAGUUUUUUAAAGGAGCAGCUCCGCAAAGCAGAAGAUGAAGUUCAGGCGACCCGGCAAGAAGUUGUAUUUCUGACAAAAGAGCUAAGUGAUGCAGUAAAUGUGCGAGAUAAGACCAUGGCAGACCUACACAGCACCAGAUUAGAAAAUGAGAAAGUGAAGAAACAGUUGGCUGAGGCAGUGGCAGGACUUAAAGUCACCAUCGUGAAAAGUGAACCGGAAAAGACGGAUACAGUGGAACAAGAACUGCGCAGGGAAGUCGAGGAUUUGAAACUUCGUCUCCAGAUGGCCGCAGACCACUACAAGGAAAAAUUCAAGGAAUGUCAGAGGCUUCAAAAGCAAGUGAACAAGCUUACAGACCAGGCAAAAACUGGGAACCAACAGAAAGUGACAGAUGCUUCAAUAAAUACCGAUGCUGCUUCUGCCUCUGCUGCUGAUGUAAAAUCAACUCCUGCAGAAUGUGGCUUCGCUGUAUGUGAGACACCCUCAGAGCUGAAGACCAAGGGGCAAGUGUGUGAAAUGGCCAAAGCAAUUGCUGAGAAAACAGAAAAAUAUAAGAAAUGCAAGCAGCUAUUGUUGGAUGAGAAGGCGAAAUGCAGUGGUUAUGCUGAUGAACUUGCAAAAUUGGAGCUGAAAUGGAAGGAACAGGUGAAAAUCAGCGAUAAUGUGAAACUACAACUAGCCAAAAUGGAGGACCAUUUCAGAGUCCAGCUGGCCGAGAGAGAGAGAGAAAUAAAUGAACUAACUUCACAUUUGGAAAUCCUCACCAGAGAGAAGGAACUUAAAGGGAGACUGGACAGUCAAGCAGAAGGGAUCGUAAAUGGUCAGAGCCUUCAGAGUCCUCAGCAGGUGGCUCAUUUUCUCAACCCAUCUUCAGCAGACAGUGGUUCAGUUCCCGCGGUGCCUACCCGACAGCCGGUUCUGCAGUUUGGAAACCCUUACGGACCCCAGGAAACAAGAGCUUUGAUUUCAGACGGGGCAGAUGGUCCUGUUUAUCCAGAUGAAAUCCAAAGGCCACCAACAAGAACUUCCCCUUGGGGCCUGGAAGACAAUGUCGUCUGCAGCCAACCUGCUCGCAACCUUAGUCGGCCCGAUGGCUUGGAAGACCUUGACGACAGCAAUGAUGAUGAUGAGAACGUACUUACCAUUCCUGAUCCUCAAAGUCAGCUUUUACAUGAGCACGGAAGUGGCUUUUGCUUUGAUUCCAGCUUUGAUGUUCGUAAGAAGUGUCCCCUUUGUGAGGUGAUGUUUCCUCCCAACUACGACCAGACUAAGUUUGAAGAGCACGUUGAGAGCCACUGGAAGGUGUGUCCCAUGUGCAGCGAACAGUUUGCCCCCGACUACGAUCAGCAGAGGUUUGAAAGGCAUGUGCAGACCCACUUUGAUCAGAAUGUUUUAAACUUUGACUAGAAAAGUCGCUUCUGUUACGAAUUCCUGAAGUUUAGCAUUAAAAAAAAUCCUCAUUAGGCAGACCCCAUCAGGAGCCAAAAAUGUAACUUUUUGGCCACUCUGCUAUGUUUUUCUGACUACAUGCUUCUUUUAAAUAUCCAGUCAUCUGCAGUGUAAUUAGGGUCAGGAUAAAUCUUGAGCUUAACAACAAAUAUCGAUUUAGUCUCUUAAUUUAACUGCUAUGAGAGAACUAUCUGGUGUAUGUAUCUUUAUUUAUUUCCCUGUGUGUGGAUAGUGUUUGAAUAAAGGUUAAAGGGGUGGUUUUGAUUUAACUGGUGCAAAAAAUAGCAAACAUGUUUUCUUACUGUUAAGGAAACUUGACAGCAGAAAGAAUCUUUCUGUUAACUUCGGGGCAUGGUUAUAUGAAAUUAAACAUCUUCUAGCAACCUCAUGCAAAUUAUUAUUUUAUGAUUGAUUACAAUACGGCAAAUAGCUCUUGACUUAAAACGUUAGCCGUAUAAUUAGUCUAAGAAAGCACACUUUGCUUAAAGGUGGUAUUUUUAUGAGUUAAAAGAAUCGCUAAGAUUAGAUUUAAUAAUUAAAAUAAACUUACAGUUACGUUUAUAUUUCAUGGAAGAAGUCUACAAAAGCAAUGCUCUUAAUGUAGAUGUUUUCAUAUUAAAUCAUUUGCUGCGGUGUUUCUGGGGCUUUUUAAUUUUGCACAUUCUGUAAGAUAACGUAUCUUACAUCUAAGCAAUUACUAAAUGCGAGCAAACUAAAAUCAAAAUAAUGUGUUCAGUUUGAAUUUGCUCAUCUUACUGUACAGUAGUCUUAUUUCAUUAAAGGUAAAAUAAGCACUCA